AUGAGAACUGCUAUCCUCUCCUCCUCCUGUCACUGGAAACCUAACGUCGCUGAUUCCUUAUGGUCGCGUAAAUCCCUUCCUCUUGACUCUAUAGCCCCGCAAAGCCCCCUAAUUAGUGAACCCCAUUGCGCUGAGAAUUAA